UGCACACACACAGUUUGUGUUUGUUGAGUUGAUAGAAACGCUGUGUUAGAAAUUACCUCACACUUAAAAAGUAUUACUCUCUUUAUGUUGGCUCCUCUUCUGUAGGGCUAGCUAGAUGCUGAAGUACCACAGCUUACAGACAGUUGCAGUCGUUCUAGUGCUGUUGCAUAAACCAAACAAAUUUGGCAAAAUUCUAAUCGGUUUGAUGUUUGACGCAUUCAACUCAAAUCCAUCAAACCAAAAGUAACAAGCCUGUCAGGGAGUAAAAGUAAAAAGCAGUCAGGAAAUAAACUUCUCAAGUAAAGUACAGAUACAUGUUCUUAGGUAGAGUAAGGAAGUAUUUGUACUUCGUACUUCCCACCUCUGACCGUACCUACCAUACCUAUUUUCUGUACAAGGUAGAAAUCCAUUGCAUGCACUGAAUGUGUGUGUCAGUAUUCAGUGGCAGUAGUCUACCCACUACCAAAGUAAUCCCUCUUUUUCACUGUCUUUGUUGUCUUCUUCUUCCUUCAGGUUUUAAUCAAACAGAUUGCAGCAAUGAGCCUUACUUCACUUGCAGGAAUGGAAAGUGCAUCCCUCUGAGUUUGGUGUGUGAUGAAAAAGGCAUUGAUAACUGUGGGGAUGGAAGUGACCUGGAGGAAAACCUCACCACAGGCUGCAAAGGAGGUCAAAUUUUACCUCCUGAACCUUCACCAGCAAUAGCAACCCCUCCUCAUCCCUUUCUGAGUCCACCCACUGUGCCCUUCCUGACACGUAUGAACUGUGGUGCGCCAAUUGGUCCUCCCAAUCCUGAGUCGGUAGCAGACUCCCCUGCCUCUUUGUCCCUGUUGGUUCUCUACAUCAUCAUGGGCAUGGUGACAGGUGGCAUAGUGCUCUGCUGGUGCUUCUGGUCACCUGGCUGCUUCAUGUGGCGAGUUAGCGCCUGUCGCUUCUUACCCUGCUGCAACUCAGCCUGUGCCUCAUGCCAGUUGUGCACUCACAGCUGUAUCCGCAAUAAGGAGCACCGACCGGGAAAAGUCACUCCACACACACAUGCCAGUGGCACACCAAUGGGGACCGCGGUGGUUACUACAGCAGGUGUGUAAAGCAGCAGGACUGUCCAACAGGUCACAAUUGGUACACAGAGAUAUGGCAUGGACAUGAAUCAUGAAGGCUGAGUGGUGUGUGACGAUGUGUGAGACUCUGGCAUGGACAGAUCUGAUGGAGUCGAUUAAAUGUGUUUUAAAUGUAAUCACACAGGUGGUGUCGUUUAUGUUACUAUGAGAAGAUAAAGCAGGAUAGAAUUUAUAUCUGCAAUUUAGUAUGAAAGUAUGUGAUCAGUGUUUAGUCAUAUGCUAUUUUCACUCUGUCUUUGAAGUAACUGUUUAGUCGUGCUGUGAAAAUAUACCACGUGUCCACAAAGUAUGCUGAGGUCAUAUACUGAAGAAGCAGCAGUGGAGUGGCCCACCUGGUGACAACAGCUGUUUGUCCCUUUGAAAAAUUCACUUUUCACUCUCCAUGCUGACAUACUGUGGGGGAACAUAACUAAUCCAUCCCCUGAUAAAUUUGUAAUGUUUCUCAGUUCCAAAGAAAUGAACAGUCUCUAAUAAAACCCAGAAAACCACAUAACAAACGCUAUAAAUUGAUUUGGAUUUCAUUACGUGAAAUUCGUGGUGAACCUGUCCAAUGCAGCCAGAAUACUGCUUGCCACAGAUUGGCUGUGUGCCCAUGUACCACACAGAUCCUAAUCAGUCAAUGAAUUAAUCAGUCAGAGACUGCUAACCUCUACUCAUUAUUUGUAUAAAGCACUUCUGUCUGCAGAACCAGUUCCAUCAUUCCGACCUAUCGACCACAAAGGGUAAGACUAAAUAGCUGAUAAAGGAUGUCAGGGACACAAUUGUAGACCUGCACAAGGCUUGAAUGGCCUAUAAAACCAUCAGCAAGUACUAAGUCCUGUUUCUCUUGGGAAUCAAAUAAGGAAAAUUGUGUUCGUUAAGUUAGUUCUUUGAUGCAACAAUGCUUCUUGGCAAUAAAUCUAAUAACUCUAAAAGGCUGUGUGUAUGAUGCCACAUUUUUAAGGAAACAGCAUUUGUAUUUGUGUUGUCUCUUUAUUUUGAACAUGUUAAAAUAGUAUAA